CAGACAACUUUCAAACUUUUGGCGGUUGACUGGGUUUUGAUAACUUUUUAAGAGUGUCAAGUGAGCACACGAAUAAACAUGGAUUCAAUUAUGACGAACCUUCUUGUUGGGCUUUCAGUCAACAUCCAAAGAAGCGAUGGGCGAGUGCAUCCUGCAAACGUCAAAGCUGUUGAUUCCACAAAAUCUACUGUGAAGGUUGAAUGGUUUGAGAAAUCAGUAUGCAGGGGAAAGGAGCUCGAAAUGAAUGAAUUAUGGUCCCUGAAUGAAGAGCUUUUUGAGCACAUGAAAUCCGCUACUACACCUACUCCUGGAGAGAAGAAAUAUGAAAGCCGUCUCCGUUCAUCCAGGAUCCCUGCUCCUUCCAAUCUUCCACUUCCCAGAAAGUCCAUACGGCAGACAUGCUUGUUCCGGCCCCCUCCUCCAAUCUCUGAGCCUGCUAAGACUAAACAAGACUUCCUGUCUUCAGAGUAUCCACCUUCUGUCCUCAAAGCUUCAGGUGUGCCCAACCGAGAGGGGAAGAGGAACGAUCAGAGACAGACUGUUGUCCUGCCGCCAGUCAAUGAGGCCCUGAAGGAGAAUGAAGCCAAGAGUGUCUCCUCAGUCACCUCAAACAGACGGAGAUCUGUGCUACCCCAAGACAUGAGCAAACCAGUGAACAAAAGAUUGUCCCAUGCAGUCAAGAGCUAUGACAUGGUUCCCAAGAAGGGAAAGUUUGGAGACACAAACCGACCGAACAAGCAGUUUUACCAGAUGAUUGAAGACUUCAGAGAGACCUUGGAAGUACUUCCUUUAUCUCCAUCUGAUACGGUUGAAGCUCAUAGAAUUUGUGUGUGUGUUCGCAAGCGUCCUCUCAACAAUAAAGAGGUGACCAAGAAAGAAAUUGAUGUGGUGACUAUCCCUGGUAAUGGAACGCUGCUCGUUCAUGAACCCAAGCAGAAAGUGGACCUGACCAAAUACUUGGACAACCAGGUCUUCCAUUUUGACUACUCCUUUGACGAGUCAUCCACCAAUGACUUAGUGUACAGGUUUACCGCCAAGCCUCUUGUCCAGACCAUCUUUGACGGAGGGAUGGCAACUUGUUUUGCUUACGGACAAACUGGAAGUGGUAAAACUCAUACAAUGGGAGGAGAUUUUUCAGGGAAGAGCCAGAAUAGCUCCAAAGGGAUCUAUGCCUUGGCGGCUCAGGAUGUGUUCACCCUUCUGAAGCAGAGGAGAUAUUCCAGUCAGGACCUGUGCCCCUAUGUGACCUUCUUUGAGAUCUACAACGGCAAGGUGUUUGAUCUGCUGAACAAGAAGGCCAAGCUGAGAGUGCUAGAGGAUGAGAAACAACAGGUCCAGGUGGUCGGCCUGCAGGAGAUGUACGUGUCGUGUGCUGAAGACGUCAUCAAGAUGAUUGAGAUGGGCAGUGCAUGCAGGACGUCUGGCCAGACGUCCGCCAACGCCAACUCGUCUCGCUCCCACGCCAUCCUGCAGGUGAUCCUGCGGAGGAGGAACAAGCUGCACGGAAAGUUCUCCCUGGUGGACCUGGCGGGGAACGAAAGGGGCACAGACGUCAGCAGCAACGACAGACAAACCCUCGUAGAGACGGCCGAGAUCAACCGCAGCCUGCUGGCUCUCAAGGAAUGUAUUCGCUCAUUGGGGAUGGACAGCCACCACAUACCCUUCAGGAUGAGCAAGCUGACACAGGUGCUCCGAGAUUCCUUCAUCGGAGAGAACUCCAGGACAUGCAUGAUUGCUAUGGUGUCUCCUGGAAUGGCCUCAUGCGAUUACACUCUAAACACACUACGCUAUGCAGACAGAGCGAAGGGACUGAACGGGACAUCCAGGGUGAAUGAUGCUGAUCUUCCCAAGAAGAUUGAGAUGGAAGUGGAGAACAGCUCCUCAGAGGAGGACUCCAUUGUGCCCAUGACCGACAUGUAUGAGGCCAUUUCCCAGGUGUCUGAGCUGGAGGAGAGAGUGCAUGAGGAGUUGACGAGGGCCAGUGAUUUUCUCAAGCCAAUGGAGAUGCCAUCAUAUGACAUUGAGGCUGGGGUGACAGAUAUUGUGGACUACGCAAGAAAAUUACUGGACACAGUCCUGGCAUUGCAAUCUGCCAUCGAUGGCGAGCGACUGGCAAGGCUGUCGCCCAAAUCAGGUUAUUGCUGAGAGGGACAGCCACUCAACUUGUUCACUUGGAAAUAUGGUGCUAUUAAAAGUACCAUUGAGUUGUGAAUGUUUUAUCAUGCAUUAACUAUUGUGCAAGGGUUCAAUUGGGCAUAAAUUCAAUUCCGCUAACUUUAAUGAAUGGCAAAAUAAAUAAAACAUUACCUCUAACAUGUAAAGCCUCUCACUACAUACCAUAGAUGUCCAUGAAAGAAUGUUAACAAUUCAUGUUUUCAAUGUAUUUGUAUACAAAAUGAAAAUUUGUCCAGCUUUGAAAUUAUUUGAGUAUAAGGUUUUUUAUUAAACGUAUUCCUAUUGAUAUGUCA